ACUCGUUUACAAAAGUUUGCCUAAAAAAAUGCCGCGGAAAGUGAGAAUCAGCGACGCGUGCGAGCAAUUCUGAAGAAUUUCGGCAUAGUUGUCGUUGCCCCGAGGAGGAGUCCCGAGGAAAAAGGAGAACGGCAUGGAGGAAAGGAGGAAAUAUAGGAAAAGAAGCCCCCAGGAAUCGAGCCACUUGUGAUUUUCGGACAUUGGGGAGUCCGCGACCGUCGCGGCGAACAACGACGCUACCGUUGUGUGUGCGUGUCAUUAUUUUUAAUCCCUAAUUAACGAGUAAUUAACGGAUUUCCCCCGAUCCGUUGGACAUUUCGUCGUUAAUUUCGCGGCUUUUUAUCGCCGGGCGAGGUUCACGACAAACACUUUGUGAAUGUGUGUUGUGUGCUUCUACCCUCGUUUGACAGAUAUCGAGCAAAGAGCAAGCAAAGGAAGACGCGAGUUUAUGACAUUGUUCUCAUUUUUUCGAGGCAGAGAGAAAUUCUCCCGUCAUCCUUAGAACACAAAUGCUCCAAAAGUUUGCUCCUCAUUUCUCGGAUCAGAUUCGAGAUUAGUGCUCCUGCCGCUCACUCAAAAUCGUCUCGUCCAUCGAACAAUCUCGAGAGAAUUAUUUCUCUUGAUUUUCGUAUCGUUCGGAUUUUCGCUCAAGGCUCUUUCCAGUUUUUUGGAGCACCUGGGGCUGAAACUCUGGCAAAAAUUGGAAAAAUUAUAACAGAAGUUGAGACAAUCUUCUAACUAAUCUAAAUGAUUAUUAAAACCUGGUCCAUGACUCAAGUGCAUUAAACAACUUCGAGUGAUGUUACUUUAGCCCAAGAUAGACAGAGAUAAAAUAAGCCAGGAUGUCCAACAGUUUGGAUAGCUUCUUGACUCGAAUCGGAGAUGUUACGAUCGAGAGAGUCCCUCCUCGUAACACAGCUCGAGUUCCAGAACAAAAUGCUGUUCCAACGGAUAUACCUGCGAGUGUCGAUCUCACUCCAAUUGGUCCACCACCUCGUCGAGAGCGUGAUGAGAGUUCUGAUGAUUAUAGUGGCGACACAUCCGAUGGCGAGCACGAGAAAAAAAGUGAACCAUUGCAUCCAGAUGAACUUGAUGAUCUACAAGCUGAGUGUUCAGCAGAUGAUAUGGACUUGGAUGACACUAUUGACACACAGAUUGGUGUUAGAUUAGAUUCAGAUAGGCAUCAUGAUAUUGACGAUGAUGAAGAUGUUGAUGGUGUCAAUAUUUUGGAUACACUACCUUUGGAAGGUGCUCCUAUCGAAGGUCAGGAGGUGUCCGAGGCAGAUCUCCUUGGGAAAUCAAUCUCGAAGGACCUGGACGACGAUGACGAGAACGAGAUGGAGAAAAGCGAGUCCGGUGACGACGAAGUUCACGAGGGCAGUGAAGGUAAUAAAAGACACGCAGAUUCUGAUAGUUCCGAGUCGGCGAAGAAAAAGCAGAAGAUGGAGGAGGAAAAUGAGGACUCGGAGUCGGAGUGCGAGACGAAAGCGGAGAAGAAGCUCGCAAACAUGAGAAGAAACAUUCGAGAGGUGAUGGACGAGACGCAACUGGACGAGGCGACACUCUCAGCCCAGCGUCAGGAGAUGGAGCGUCUGCGACGUGUUCAAGAACAGCAGAGGAUCAUACGUGAGGUACAGCGCCAGAUGGCAAUUAAUCGACAAAAUAAUAAAACACAGACGCGAGUCAUGAGUAUCCUGCAGGGGAAACAAAACCUAGCUGGCACUACCAUUUCUCAAUCUUCGCCCUCCUCAUCGUCUCAGGUUCGUCUUCCUAGCACUGUUUUGCUGAAGGUCAACUCGGGAUCGGGCGCUGGGUCACAUGCGAGUAUUAGUCAGGCGCAGUCUGGUCAGAUGCGAAGGCCCAUCGGGGAAAUGAAGUGGCAAAGAGGACGCGGCGGACCUUUUCAUGGUGCGCAGACCUCGAUUUCUCGGGUACCGAAUCGCGCAUCCACCGGGCCAAGUAUGCUGCAGCAGCGGAUUCGAAUGAUGACACCAUCCGUGAGUAUUUCGCCAGUAGUUCCUAAGAAGGAGCCCAUUGAUCGCGAGUAUUACUCGGACUCGGACAUGUCCGAUGCCGAGUUGGACGAAGCUUUGCGCGAGAAGCAGAUGCAUGCGAUGAGAAAAAUGUCGAGUGCGACCAAGCCGCCGAAACCAGCGAAAGGCAAGGAUGUUGUGACUAUAUCGAGUUCGAGCGAGAGUUCCGACGAUGACUGUAUAGUCUUGAGCGAUCGGAGUGCGGGCGAGGAAACAGACAAUGACGAUGAUCCAGCCAAUUCUGGAAUGCAUACCAAUGAUCGUUACAAUGUUCCGGAUGAACAUGGCCGGGUCUUGAUUAAUGUCGGUCAUCCCGAAAGCGAGCCUGAUGUCUUCCUGGCGCCCCAGGUUGCGAGGAUCAUCAAACCUCAUCAGAUAGGGGGUAUCCGAUUCUUAUUUGACAACAUUGUCGAGAGUAUUGACCGAUAUAAGACAAGUUCGGGCUUUGGUUGUAUUCUUGCUCACAGUAUGGGCUUGGGUAAGACACUUCAGGUGGCUAGUUUUUGUGACAUUUUUUUUCGAUGCACAACAGCCAGAACGGUUCUCUGCAUCAUGCCGAUUAAUACACUGCAGAAUUGGUUAGCUGAGUUUAAUAUGUGGCUGCCGUAUGAAGAUCCGAAUGCUCCGAAGCAGGAGCCGGAGCCGAUUAUUAAAUCCGAGCCGGGAACUGAGACGAAACACGAGGUCAAGGAGGAGGGAAGUCAGAGUGAUAUGUCGAGUGCUUCCGAAUCUGCGAAUCGAAUGGGACAGGAUGGACAGAAUAUAAUGCAUGAGAAUGCCUUUCAGAGUCAGGGCUUUGAUGCUCAUAAUAUGAUGGGAUAUCCAUCCGAUGGGAUUCUGGAUAAAGGAUUGGAUCAGAAUCCUAUCAAUCAGAAUCCUCUUAAUCCGAAUCCUUUGAGUCAGAAUCCUCUGAAUCAUAAUUUCCAUGGAGAUAUGAGCCAGAAUGCAGUCUACGGGAAUUUCAAUCCGAUGCCGCGAGCGACUAUUCCCGGAAGCAAUUUCGGACUGGAGAAUCAAGCAGGGAAUAUGUAUCCGGGAAUGGAGAAUCAAAUGCAGUCGUCGAUGUAUCCGGGAAUGGAGAAUCGUCCCGGUGAAGUUUAUCCUGGUGUGGAUCCAUCAAUGGAUCCUUCAAUCAAUUCAUCCAUUUAUCCGCCCUACGGAAAUCCCGCUCAGCAUUAUCCCAACUAUGAUCCGUCGGCGCAUAAAGACGCGAAAAAGGAUGAUGUAAACAUAAAAAAGGAGCCAGAGGAAGCCGUGAAAAAGGAGGAGUCAACUAACAAGGAAUUUGAUGAGAAGCAGUCGGAAUCGGUGAAAACGCCAUUCAGUGUGGACGCUCCCGCAGGACUGGAGAUACGACCUCGACAUUUUCGACUUCACAUUCUGAAUGAUUCGCACAAAACGAUGGCGGCUCGAGCGCGAGUUAUUCAAGACUGGCAGAAGAAUGGAGGUGUCUUGUUGAUUGGAUACGAAUUGUACAGGCAGCUGUCAUUGAAGAAAGCAAACAAGGCUAAGCGAAAACGCGGCCAGCCUUUCAAGGAUCCGGUGGACGUCGAGGAGGAUGAUAAGAAUAAGGGAUUGCUUGAUGGGAUGCACACGGCUUUGGUGAGUCCAGGACCCGAUCUUGUCAUUUGCGACGAGGGUCACAGAAUCAAAAAUUCCCACGCGAGUAUCAGUUUGGCCCUGAAACAAAUGCGAACGAAGCGCAGAAUAGUGUUGACGGGUUAUCCGCUGCAGAAUAAUUUACUCGAGUACUGGUGCAUGGUAGAUUUUGUGAGACCCAAUUAUCUCGGCACGAAAAGCGAGUUUUGUAAUAUGUUUGAGAGGCCAAUUCAAAAUGGACAGUGUAUCGAUUCGACACCUCAGGAUAUAAGGCUGAUGCGAUACAGGGCUCAUGUCUUACACGCCCUCUUGGAGGGUUUUGUGCAACGAAGAUCUCACUCGGUUUUGCAGAUCUCCCUGCCACAGAAGGAGGAAUACAUUCUUCUGGUCAGGAUGACGCCGCAUCAGCGAAAGUUGUAUGACACGUUCAUGAAUCAAGUGGUGAAGACGCGAGCGGUGCCCAAUCCCUUGAAAGCGUUUGCAGUCUGCUGCAAGAUUUGGAAUCAUCCUGACAUUCUCUAUCAUUUUCUGCGAAAACGGCAGGUUAAUGAGGAGGACGAUUUGGAUUUGGAGGAAACUAUUGGCGAGAAAGUUCCGCCUGGUGGUGCCAAACGGCCAAAAGCACGUCAACCGAAGGGAGAGGGUAAGAAGGGGAAAAAGGCGACAGUUAAAAAUAAACCUGCUGCCAGUGUCCAGCCGAAUUCUUCAUCGACGACAAGCGCCGAGCCUGCAGAGACUGAUACAAAUAAUCCUGGAAAUUCCACUAAAUCCGGGAAUUAUCAGAAUUUUCCGGCGCAGAAGGCAAGUCCUGGGUUUCCAAGUACCGGGAAUUCGAAUUCAUUUCCGGGAUAUCAGAAUUAUCCGCAGAACGAACAAGGAAAUUAUUAUCGGAAUGACAAUUCGCAGGAGUUUAAUGAAUUUUAUAAUAAUCAGGGCCAGCAGCAGCAGCAGCAGAGGUACGGGAAUCAGAACUUUCAACAGUAUCCACAGACUUCGGAUCAAGGGUAUAAUAAUCCCAGUCAAAAUUAUCCCAAUCAAAAUUAUAUCGCAGGCAAUGAUCAGCCUGGUAAUCAAAAUCAGGGAAGCAACUAUGAAGCAUCUGGUAUCUUUCCACGACAGAAUUAUCCUUAUCAGGAUCCAGAGCGCAAUUAUCCGACGAUGAAUCAGGAACAAAAUUAUCCGCAAGUUCCAAAUCAAUCUGCCAAUUUCCAGCCGGCUAUUUCGGAUUAUUCGUCCUAUCCUGGCGGCAAUCAGGGUCAAGGUUAUGUUGCUGGAUCGACCCAGAAUUAUGGGACAAAUCAGCAGUCUGGUGUUGCUACGCCGAGCCAAGGCUUCAAUCAGAAUCCGAGUGCAAUUAUACAGAAUCAGAGACCAUAUCCGGCCAAUCAGCAGAAUUCGAAUCUGGGAAUUCAAAAUAUGGGAAUUCAGAAUCAGGCUCAUUAUUCCCAGAAUCAAAUGGCAGCGAAUACGCCUUCAUUGUCGCCAGCUCUUGGCUUCGGGGCUAAUCAAUCAACGAAUCCAUUGCAGAAUUUGCCCCCGAAUCAGAUGCACUAUGGUCCAAAUCAGGGUAUGGGUCAGAAUUCGGGAAUCAGUCAGAGUCAGGGCAGUGCUCAGAAUCCAGGAUUAUCGCAGAAUCCAGGAAUAUCUCAGAAUCCAGUAAUAGCUCAGAAUUCAGGAAUAACUCAGAAUCAAGGCUUGCCCCAAAACCAGAUAUCAUAUCCGGCAAGUCAGACAACAAAUCCCACAUCUCAAAAUCCACAAAUUCACGGCUAUCAGAAUCAUAUUAUCCAGAGUCGAUCGUCCGCACCAGCAUCGUCGAAUCUCGGCUAUCAAACUCCAGGCUCAGCUCCUGGUCAGAUCCAGGGUCAUCGAUAUCCUCUCAAUCAACAGAAUCAAGCUCAGAAUCAAUCGCUGACUUUCCCGCCAACACAGCAAACCCAAAAUCCUGUGAUGAGCCAGAACGAACAAAUUUUUUCAAGUCCUGACAAUCAGAAGGCACAGAAUUACGUGUCGACGCCAACUGCUUGCCAAACAGGCACUUCGACGACAAAUCCAGCUGAGAAUUAUCCAGCAAAUCAAGCACAGGCUUCCUCUUCUUCGGCCUUGCCAGGCGAUCCAUUCUGGCAGCAGAAUUACAGUCAGGAUCAGUGCAAUGAUCCCUACUUUCGCGAGUCGAGUGUCAAUCGCUAUCCAAAUAAUUACUUUCCACAGCAGAAUUAUCCGAAUCAAUCUUUUGAGUAUUCUGGCAAUCGAUCCGGGGACGUGAAUUCGAGGACUGACGAGUCGAAAGCUUCUUCGGCUCAGCCGGGAAGCGGAAUUCAUAUGCAGGGACAGGGAGUUUAUGAGAAAGGGGGCAAGGAUGGAGUGCAGAAUCAGCCUUUGAUGUCAAACAAUCCAGGUGGCAGGGGAGUGUUUAAUGGACCGGAUUCAAGUUGUAGGAAUAGUAUGACGCCGAUAUCUCGGCCUAUGGGUGCGUGUCUUGGGAAUAAUGCGCAAUUGAGUCAAGGAGAUUCAGUGAAGGAUGAUGAGAAGGAAAAGGAGGAAUUGUUUGAUAAGGAGAAGGAGGAGAAAUCUGAUGAAGAAAUUCUUGCCAAAGAUGAGGAAAAGGAUCCUAAGAGUUCGCCUGGAGGGAAAGAAGAACCUGGAAUACCAUAUGACUGGGCGACGGAAUUAAUGAAAGGUUACGUGCCGGGAUUAAUUGAAUCCUCAGCAAAAAUGUCUCUCUUCUUCUGCAUUCUCGAAGAAGCAAUCCGGCUGGAAGACCGUGUUCUCGCCUUUUCGCAGUCUCUCUUUACUCUGAAUCUCAUAGAAGACUUUUUAGCUAGAAAUAAUUUUAAAUAUCUCGACGGCACUUCGGAGGCCUGGGUAAAAAAUGUGAAUUACUACAGAUUGGAUGGCAGUACAAGUGCUCUAGAGCGCGAAAAGCUGAUAAACGAGUUCAAUGUCAAUCCAAAAAUCCAUCUCUUCCUCGUGUCGACGCGCGCUGGAUCGUUGGGAAUCAAUCUUGUUGGCGCGAAUCGAGCAAUAGUUUUCGACGCCUCCUGGAAUCCUUGCCAUGACACACAAGCCGUUUGUCGAGUCUACCGAUAUGGCCAGAAGAAGCGAUGUUUCGUCUACCGACUAGUGACCGACAAUUGUUUAGAGAGGAAAAUCUAUGAUAGGCAGAUUAGCAAACAGGGAAUGGCUGAUCGAGUUGUCGAUCAGUGCAAUCCAGACGCUCAUCUAUCGCUGAAAGAGGCGACAACGCUCUCUUGGGAUUGGGAGGAGGACAGCCAAGUGCAGGACUUUUCCCAGGCGAAGGGCAGUUACUCCGACGAGGUGAUGCACAAAGUUUUGCAAAAUCAUUCGUCGCUUCUCACGAAGCAGCCGUUCCAUCAUGAGAGUCUUCUUGUCGAUCGGAAGGACAAGAAGCUGAGCCAGGCGGAAAAACGAUUGGCGCGCCGGGGUUAUGAGCUCGAGAAAAUGGCAGCCACCUGCUCGAGACCUAGUUACAGCUACGUUCCUGGAAACACGGCUACGAGAGCUGGUGGAUUGCAAAUUAGAGCUAUUCGUGGAGCAGGAGGUGGAGGGGGCCCUGGAGGUGGUGGCGGAGGAGGAGGAAUCGGAGGAUUGGGUGGAGGAGCAUUAGGUGACAUGGGUCCAACGCCAAAGCCCGUGGCUUCUGUGAGACCAAUGCAGCAGCGUGGAGUCGAAGGAAUUGGCUCGAGAGGAGUGACAGGCAGCAGGUGGAUCCCAGCCGAAGUUUGGCAGAGACAAGGCAUGAGUGCCCAGGAGAUGACGCUUCCCUUGGAUGUCGUCAUUCCCACCAAUUCUCCCGACAAGGGCAGCAUUGUUUUAAAGGCUGGUCAGAGAGUUAUGGUACUCAAGAGUCCGAAAGGAAUUUACAUGCAGCUGGAAUCCGGCAAAAUUAUCGCUAUUCGAACAGCCCUCAAGUUGAAUCAACAGAAACGAGAUGAUGAACCGAAGAAAGGCUUAGCUUCCAUGGUUCAAAGGAAUUCGAAAGCCGAAGUCGGCUUCCCCUUGAGGAAUAACUCGGCAAUUUCCAUAAUUCCGAAAUCAUCAUCAAGCGCCCAGGGAACCCGACCUCCCCCGAAACCAAGUGCUGGACCAGGUUACAGACCUUUUGCCGACAAAGAAAUGGCAAAGAGAUCGCGACCGAUAGCGACAGCGACCGCGAAACCUUAUCUGAGUCAUGUCAACAUUACAAAUCAAGUUUCACUCUCGCGAUUGCCGCGAGUGAAGCAAGAACCCAUGGAUCACUCAUCGCUCGGUGAGAAUUCAAACUCCUCCGACGGACCACUGCGAACCGAUCAAAGAGUCGAGGAAGUCCGACUUGAAGAUGUGGUGGCCGAAGUCAGUUCGAACGAAUACAGCCGUCCCAAUCGUCCCCUAUCAGCCAGCGUUGAUUCCUCGAGUCAGAAGUCGUCGGAGGGCAAGUCGCAACCCUAUCCAACGGAAAAUGUCUCCCGGGUGCAAAGUGUACAAAUCCAGCGAAGUCAGCAGCCCGAAUUGUCGGCGAAGGUCGACAAGCCGGUUGUUGUUGCAUUGUCCGAGGCGAAAGAAGUUGUCGGCCAGCCGGAUUCCUCGAGCGCUUUCAAAGGGAAUUUUACAAUUCAGAAAUCGGCCAAGGAGAGUCUCGGCGAUGAGAUUAGUUUGAAGGAACCAGCGAGGUCUGGAAUUCCAGCGCCAAUUCCUAGCCAGCCUCUAGUAUCUCCUAUUCCACCUCCUUCUAUCCAGUCUAUCCAACCUGCCAUUCAACCUUCCAUUCAGCCACAACAACCUCCACAGCAGCGAAGUAUGGAAGUUCCAAAUACAAUCAAGAAUCUCAGUGAAUCUUCCAAUUCCCCGGCUGCGCCUGCGCCCGUUAUUCAAGGUGCUCCUCCAGCGCCAUUGGUGGGACUUGAGCAGGGUGUUCUAGAUGCUGUUCCGCAACCGGAUCCACAUGGCGUUCCGCAGGGCUAUCCCUAUGCACAGUAUCCGAGGUAUUAUGAUUAUGCCGAUCCUCGAUCGAGGUCUUUGGGAACACCUUAUGGAGGUUAUUUCCCCGGUGUGCCGCCACAUGUGACGAAUCCGCGACAGGCGCCGGAGAGUGUCAAGCCACCGGGUCAGACUCAGGCGGAUUUGACGAAACCGGUUGUUGAAGAGACGGGAAUGAUUAGUAAAGCGGCGGAUUUUGUGCCGACGCCGAGCUCGAGUGCUAAAGCGACGGGAGAGGUGACGGAGCCGAAGACGAUUGAAACAGCGGCGCCGACGACGACGACAACGACGACUGCUGCUGCUACUGCUGCUGCUAAUAGUAGUAGUAGUAGUAGUAGUAGUGCGUCAGCGAACAGAGAAGAGAGUCAUACAAGUACGGCAUUCACUCAUCCAACUGCUGCUAGAUAUCCGGCGCCUUAUCCGCCCGGGCCGUAUGAUCCUUAUGCCCAGCAUUAUCCACCUGCGCCUGGACCUAGUGCUACCUAUCCUCCUGGUGGAGCACCUGGCUAUCCAACCUACGGUGGACCAUCUUAUAAUGCAGAUUAUGCUCGCAUGUACUCAGCAUUCCAUGGACCUCCACCAGCCGCGGAUCCCUACAUGCACAGAGGCUAUGCCCCACCACCAGCAACCCACCCCCCCGGCUACUAUCCACCAUUUCCACAUCCACCGCCCCCAUACCCCAAUUACUCGUUUCUGCCACCUUACCCGAAUCCUAACAUGCCUUCCGAGCCGCAACCACCCGCUCAGUAAAUUGAACGAUCGAACAAACAAGAAACUACUGCUAAAAUCCGAUGGCUGUUGGAGUUUUGAAGAUUAAUAGACUGAAACUGUGAGAAUUGAGAAGCGUCGAAAGGAGCGAGCAGUCGUAAUUAACGCAUUGAGAGGAGGACUGCCUUGAUAUCAAUAAUAUCACCACCCAGUGGGCACAAAACCAUGGACGUCCCAGGAACGUCCUUGGGUCAUUCCUAGGACGUCCAAUGUCAGCACAAAACAAUGAACAUCCCAAGAGCGUUCUUGGGACGUAGGACGAUCUCGGAACAUCUUUUUUCCUGACAUUAGACGUCUCAAAAGCAUCCCUGGCAUGUCCAAAACACGUCUUAGGGAUGUCCCGAGGACGUUUCUAGGACAUACUACAUUUUUUUGCCCACGGGGCAGAAGUUGUGCAAUCUUGUAUCAUCCACAUCCUC